UACGUCGGCGUGCCGCAUCUGGUAGAGGACCAGUUAAAGCUGAGGGAUCACACAAUGUCAGUGGCGUUUGUGAACUUACUCUUUGUAGGGAUGGGGGCCGCCACGCUGACGCUCCACCUCAUGCUGUGCUGGCGGCCAGAGAAAGAGGUAGCGCAAGGCUUUGUCGAGGACGCUGGGCAGCGACGAAGACUACCGCAACUGUGGCCCUAAUGUGUGCUCCUUCUGAGCGGGCCUGUCGCGGCUAUUGCUGUGAGCCACUCCAUCAGCCCAAUCGUGGCAGUCGUCAUGGUAAUUUCGCUCGCGUGCCACCUGGCCGCGGCGCACCACAACUGCGGUUACAGCGGUGGUCGUGUGACACACUGGGAUACACUCGGGUGCGUGACGGCUGGUCUUGGCGCAGCUCUAGUGAUGCUCGGUGGUGUACGACAAGGGACGGUACACUAUUGUGGCUCGCUGGGUAUUGCUUUUCUCUCGCUGUUAGGCCGGGGGCUGAGUGUGGCCAUCUCUGAAGUGUGGUGGAGGUGCUUCAUGCGGCCGCUGUGCGACAUGAACCAGCAGUUCCUGCUCUCGACCUUACUGGGGGUGCGCACACUGGCGCUUGGCAUUGAACCCUACGUGGUGAAUGUGAUUCUCGCAUUUGAUGGAGCCAGCAGCACCGCCCUUGUUGGCGAUUCUACCCAAGCCCUAGUCCCAGGUAAACUGGGCAAGGAACCGCAGUUAUUGGAUCGCAUGCCUCUCAUUUGCUACUGGUUCUUCCCUGAUGUGAUGCUGCUGCUCGGUGGGGGUCCCCCGCUCCUCUUGUGCUGGUGCGCGUACCACGCCGUAUUCUUCUAUGCCGACCACGCUGUCAGCGCCGCGUGCAUCAUGGUGCGUGUCGUGCUCUCCGCUGUGCCUCUUGCCGUUGCUCGGGUUCUGCGCACUGAGUGGGCAGAUACCACAGCGUCAGCGGUCCUGCGAGGGCCUUUGGCGGCCAUGGCUCUCGGAGCGGCAGGUGACUGA